CACCGACGCGUUGCUCCGGGUCCUGACGCGAGUGUCUCGGUGUGGACGGUGGGCCAGUGCCCGGCGCGUCACAGCCAUGGCGCUGCUGUUCGUGAAGAUAAACAGGAUGAUGAUGAUGAUGAGAUGGACCGGACGGAUCGGUGGAUUAACUCUGCACCAUGAAUGACAGGUACCACAAGGCGGCCCGGGACGGGUACCUGGACCUGCUGAAGGAGGCGACCAGGAAGGAGCUGAACGCGCCGGACGAGGAUGGCAUGACCCCGACGUUAUGGGCGGCUUACCACGGCAUCCUGGAGGCCCUGCGGCUGAUCGUGUCCCGGGGAGGAGACCCAGACAAGUGUGACAUAUGGGGGAACACGCCACUCCACUUGGCAGCUGCUAAUGGUCACCUCAACUGCCUUUUCUUCCUGGUGUCUUUUGGUGCCAACAUUUGGUGCCUGGACAAUGACUACCACACUCCGCUGGACAUGGCUGCCACAAAGAAUCAUAUGGAUUGUGUCCGCUACCUUGAUUCCAUCGCUGCCAAGCAGACAAGUCUCAAUCCCAAGCUGGUCGGUAAGCUGAAGGACAAGGCGUUUCAUGAUGCCGAGCGGCGGAACAAAGAGUGCAUGAAGAUGCAGAAGAAGCACCACAAACGGAUGGAGAGAAAGUUUCAUAAAGAAGCCUUGGAAGAGUCUAUGUCAGAUGUGAUGAGCUUUUCCAGCUACACCAGCAGCUCUGUUAGUCACAAGUUGCGCAAUUUCAACACUGUCAGUGUGCCAUAUUCUCAGGCAACUCUCCAUGCCACAAACCGCGGAAAGACAAAGAUCCAGAAAAAGCUGGAGAAGCGAAAACAAGGAGAUGGCACCUUUAAAAUCUACGAAGAUGGAAGGAAGAGCGUGCGCUCUCUGUCCGGACUGCAGAUGGGCAACGAUGUCAUGUUUGUCAAACAAGGGACGUACGUCAACCCAAAGGAGCGUGGCCGUCGCAAUGUUCGUGACAUGUUCCCCAGAGACAACGACGAUGCCAUUUCACGUGCCAUGAGUGAACCGGACCUUCAUGGGCCAGACAUAGACUACUCUGAGAUCAGCACAGACUCGGGUCACGAUUCCCUGUUCAACCGACCCGGUCUUGGUACCAUGGUUUUUAGGAGAAACUACGUAACUGGGGGAAUGUUUGACUUGAGUGCUCGAAACACCGCCAGCAUGGCCAACUCAGGCAACAAUGUGCGUCUCCGCAGUCGGUUGCACCAUUACCCAAGUCUAGAUGAAGACAGCAUUGGGAGCGCGCACAGCCUGCAGGAGAGGAAUGUGGAGGAGCUGCCUUGGGAAGAAGUAGAAUUAGGGUUGGAUGACGAUGAUGAGUCUGACACAAGCCCCCUUGAGGUUUUCCUUGCUACACAAAGCAUGAGCGAGUUUUACUCCAUUUUCAAACGGGAGAAAAUUGACCUUGAAGCUUUGUUGCUAUGCUCUGAUCAUGACCUCAAGAGUAUCCAUAUCCCCUUGGGACCACGAAAGAAGAUCUUAGAUGCCUGUAAUAGACGACUUGAGACCAUGGAGGAGCCUGAUGGCAUCGAGGACACAGAAUUGUGA